AUGGCGGCAAAUCCGUCUCACAUUUGUUUGGAAACUUCCAUGGUAAGUUCCUUUGCCUGAGUAGGAGACCCAAAAUUUAUGUAGAAUUUACUACUUUUUCAGCUUCUUUUAAAGUGUUGUCUUCUUAUGAACUCUGUUUAACACUGCCUAAAAGAACGGAAUUGUGUCAAAUUCGCUAAUUCCGAAUGAAAGAACGUGGUCUUUAUCACCGAGUCAGUGACAGACUAAGAAGAGUUCUCUUUUCUGGAUCGAAAGCUAUAAUCUCACAGUAUUCAUGCAAAAACUCUUUAGAACCCUCAUUUUUUUUAUAUCUUUUAUGAUUUCUUGUUUCAGGGUGAGAUUGAAUGUGAACUUUAUUGGAAGCAAUCACCAAGAACAUGUAAAAAUUUUGCCGAACUGGUGAGUUCCCGUACCUCUUAUAAUAUAAAUUAAUGUCAAGUACAAGUUAACUAACGCGAAAUUAAUGCUCUUUGAUAUGUACGAAAGUCACAUCUGUGCUUUCCAGCACCCACUCAAUUGAAAAAGUGUUCUGAUUGUAAUUCACUAGAAUCAGCUAAGGUCCCCGUUUGUAACCAGUGGUUGCGUUCUGAAUGCAAACCCAAGAGUGAAUGCUUAUUUCAUAGCUUUUGUCAUCGCUGAACAUGCUGUUCUUGAAAACUGGUUCAUUCAUCUUGCCAUUUAUACAAAAACUGAUAAGUUCUAAUCACUUAAUUUAACAGUGUUGUGUUACAGUAUAAUUACCUGUCACAACUAUAUCUUGUUCUGACUCGUAUGCAAAUUUUUAAGAGAAACAGGAUUUGCUUUUUGUUUCGAUAUUUCUCAAAUCAUCAAUCAAUUUUCACCAAAUUGCUCUAAAAAGGGAAUGGAAAAAUUAAAUGCAGGAGACAUGAAGUUCAAGUUUGUUUAAGACUUGCCAGUGUGUUCAAUUAGGCAAAACAAAUCAUUCCGAGCGACGCAAAAUGAAACUGUUUACAUUCUGGUGCAUAAACACUGAAGCAGGCACCAAUUGCAAUGAAUAAAACAGAUAAUCAUUCACAAUCUUAAACAGUAUAUUUUCCUUCUGAUCCUUAUCGAAGGUGAUUGAGGUAGGUUCGCAGUUUUGAAGAAACCAUCACCUGCAAUGCAAACACCAAAUUGUUUACAUUCUGUGACAUAAACAUCUGAUGGAACAUUGAUUUCAAUGAAUUAAUUGGGAAGCGUAUAUAUAAGUGAGUGUUUGUUUCGUUACUUGUUCAGUGAGACACAUGUUUCGAUGUCUUGAGUGACAUUUUCCUUUCCAGCUGAUUCAUCAACAACUCAAAUAAAGCAAAUCUACUGCUACUGCUGCUGCUUGUUAUUCAAUAAAUUCACUUGUAGAAGAUUAUAUGCAUGUAAGUAUUGACAUGAGCAUAUUGGCUCAUGAUAUAGUUAUAAAUUAUGUGUUAUUUCAGAAAUAACAUAUACAAUCACAUCUGCACUUCCCAUCAGUUUACAAGCAUUAUAACCCAUGGGGGAUGCUGGGAGAACAUGAUAAAAGUUUGUAAAUCACAGGCCAAAGCUGAGUGAUCAACAAACUUUUCUUCUGUUCUCCUAACAUCCUGCGUGGGCUAUUACAGCAGUAAACCUAUAGAGAAUGUGGUUUAUUGCUUUUAUAAAAUAACUAUAACAAGACAAUCUUAAUUUGAUCCACUAUUUGCAACUUCAUUAAGUUAAAUACAGAGGUAAAUUUUAAAUAAAUAAGGGUGCAGGAUAUCCUAAGAAAAAGCAUAAAGGCUUGUUAGAGUAAGAUAUCCUCAGUUCUUUUAUAAUAAUAUUAUAACAAUAAAAUAUCUAGGUCUGCAAGGCAUACACAUUCUUGUACACACACUAUCACACUAAGAUACAUACACAAGCAUGUGCUCCCACACAAAUACUCCCAAAAGAAAUACUAAUGACCAUUGGAUAAGACAUGGUGGAGAUAUUUAUUAGGUUUAACUAAUUAAUACAUAAAUAAUAACCUCUAUUUGGUGCGAAAAAUUACAUAUGGACAUUUGUCUGUGGACAUUAUCUGUUCCAAGAUGCAAAAACAAUUUUUCACCAGCAAAGUUUGAGGGGAACUCUGAGCACUGAGAAGACUUAGAAGAAAAAAUCUUGUCUUUUUAGAGAGCACUGAUAAAUUUUAAUCAGCUAACUGUUUUCAGCAGAACCAAAGAAACUUCUUUUUCAGUGUUAGGUAUGACCCUACAGGGGGUGCUAAAUAUAUCACAAUGGCCUCUCGAAUAUUUUUCUUGUGGAAAAAUUUUAUGGGUGGGCUUGGUAAAUAACAGAUAUUUGGUGUAAUCAUAAUUUGUGAGUUUGGUGGCUUUUAGACUACCAUUUCUUUUGUUGUGCAACACAUUACCACAGGUUUGGCAUUGAACAACAAAGGCUCAUAAGAGAAUAAUUUACUUUUGCCACACAAGUCUUGUAACAUACACAUACCUUUCAUCAUGUGCUUAUUGAUUCUAAUUUGUGUAGUUGGCAUAUUCUUGAGCUGUGUUUUUUGUGGUAGUUGAAAAUUUUAUUUGCCAAAGCUAACCAGUGCUAAAGAAAAUGCUAUAGCAAUCCAUAGCAAUUGCCAAUUCCAAUAAAAUGUAAAUGAAAAUGAAUAAUCACCUGCAAAUCAAAGGCACAAUUUGGCUAUUUUUCAUACAACAAAGCUUUAUAUUUAAUUGGUUUUAGUGACAACCUUUAAAAGUGAUACAGAGGACAGUUACAUCUGGUAUUUUUCUCUUUUAAACUAUUGCAAGAUAAUUUGUAAAAUGAAGGUGUAGUACAACUUUUGAAGGUUCAGCAUUGCAUUGCACUCAAGUUGAUAACAUAGGUAUGAAGAGUCUCAUGUGCAUCAUUACCAAAGGCCAAAUAUUUUCCUGUCAGGCCUGACUUCACUCAGUCAAUGAGCAUGUUGUGUUUUGAGCAUUUCUUCUCCUUUAUCUUCCUUUCCACUUUCACCUUGCAGCUUUUGGGGUCAUAUGGCUUUUUGUGACCCAGUGCUCACACCAUUACAUGGGGCCCUCAUUCAGGAAUUUUAUCUACAGUUUUUGAAUAACAAGACACAAUGGGCUGUUCAUGUUAUGUGAUGAAAAUACAUUGUCCUGUCUCUAUGGUUUCCUUAUUGGAACCAAAUGUCAAUCCAGUGAUAUUGUCAUAGCAGCAGCACACAUUUUACUCAAAUGCAAUAGGGAAAUGUUCCUAAUAGUUCUUCCUUUUAAUAAGUGUUCAAUAAAUAUUAAGUAAAUCACAGGACUGGUAGUUUAAAACAGUGUUCACUAACUUUAAUAGCCAUCUUUAUCACAAUCAUCAUCAUUAUCAUUCUAUUUAAGAAGCAAGUUUCAAAAUUGCCAGUCUUUAAGGCUGCAGUAGACCUACAAUUCACUAAAAUGAUGUAUUGUACUGAAUAAAAUACUUUAUCCUACAUCACUUUAAAAAAAAAAUUGAUGUAAAGAGAAAAAAUAUAUCUGUAUUGGAAAAUGUACAAGAAAGUAUUUGUCUAAAUGGUAAAAAUUCUGUUGACACAGUAGCUAUGAAUGAGAAAACUCCUUUCUAUUGGUCAUUUGCACUAACAGUGGAACAACUUGUAUCUAUAUGAAAAAAAAAAUAUCUACAUAUCUACAUAAAUAUUAUGAGAGGAAAAAAGGACGCAACUACAUUUCCCGACAAGCCUGUUUCGUGAAUCGCUUCACUCUUCAGGAAACAGGCUUGUCGGGAAAUGUAGUUGCGUCCUUUUUUUCUAUCAUAAUAUUUAUUCUGCUCUGCUUCAACGUAUUGAGCACUGUUCCACGCGAAAAUCGACUUGCAGACUUCCUACAUAUCUACACAUCUACAUAUAUAUAUAUCUAUAUAGUAAAGUGAAAGCCCAAUUCUUGGCAAGUACCCCCAUACCUGCUGCUCUUCCCCAAUUAAUGAUAGGAUAGAGGAUUUUUUUAGACUUUUCACAGGUGUAGGUCAAAGAAAAAAUUCUGAGUCCCCAUGAGGAAUUGAACCUCAGACCUUUAGAUUCUGCACUCUGAUGCUCUACCACUGAGCCAUAGAGACUCUAUGGUGAGCAAGGCUCAUAACAAACUUUAUAUCACACAUGUCCUGGAUACUGAUUAGAUGAUAUUUAUUCUGUCACACUGUCAUUUGCUGUUAACCAUAGGGUCUGCAAAUUACCUCUCUGACAUGCUCUUUCACACAUGCUCACUUUGCACACUUCCUUGAUUAACUAUAAAAUGGAAAAAGAGUUGUGGACAAUUCAUGAUGACACAUCUGCCAUGUUAUUUACAUUGCAGGCACAGAGAGGAUAUUAUAAUAACUGCAAGUUUCACAGAAUUAUAAAGGUAUGUUUUAGUACUUUAUGUAUUAGAAGAGAUGUGGAUUGUCUAAUAGGAUAAUCUGCAACAUUAGAAUGACUGUAAAAGAGAAGAAUGGAAAUUAUACCAUAAGGUAACAUUCAGUGAAAUUGCAGAUCUUUUAAAGAUUCAAACUAUCACUAGAAAGAAAGUCACAGGUUGUAAGCUCCCCUCCCUGAGUAUGAAGUGUAAUGGAAAUAUACUUUGCAUUUCAUGAUGGAAAAUGGAAAUGUUGUAACAGUUGUAGAAAACAACAUGUAGCAACAUUAAAAUGGCUGCCCUGCUUUACCCUCCCUGCCCUGGGAUGCUUACUGCAAUAUUUUGUGUGAGCUAUGUAUCCUUAUCCUGCAAAAUAAAUAAUAUGAAUGAAAUACCCUGAUAAAAUGAUCUGAUUGGUGCAACAACAAACCUCAAUGUUGGGAUAUGAUUGGUACUAGCAACAAAUCUCCAAUGCUGAAAUAGAUACUACUCUAUAAAGAAAAAAUACUGAAAAGUGCACUUAAAAAAAAAAGGCAUUCAGCAAAGCAACAGAUAUGGUAUAAAUGAAUACAAAACCAAUCUUCUAAUGGUAUAAUUUAACCAACAGAAAGAGCUCCUACAAACUCAACUACUCAACUAAACAACGUGUAAUAAUUCAUACUAAGGAGCAAAUCCCAUAGAUAAUACAAUAAUUAUCCUUUAAAACUUAUUUAGGCAUACAAAAACUUAGCUCAUCACUGACACAAGCUCAUUUUUUACUUUAAUUCUUUAAAUGCACUAUCUUUGAAGAAUAUUAUAGUAGCUCUCUCCUCAGUGUGGCUUUCUUACAGCAAGUUUUAUGUUUAGUUUGGCAGCUCCUUAAUAUUAUCACUAAAAUCAUCAUCAUCCUUGUUGUUGAGCGCAGUGGUAAUGAUGAAAUGCCAUGAUCGUCAUCAUUAUCAUUAUAACUGCCAUCAUUAUUAUCACUGCUUUCGUCUUUGUGGUCAUGAGCGUUAGUAUCAGCGUUAUCACCAUAGUUGUCAUAAUUGUCGUUGCCAUUGUUUUUUUGCCAUCAUUAUUUGCACCAUCAGGAAAUAGCAGCUUUUGCAUACCCUGAAAUUGAGAACAAGUUUGAUUUAUUUUUCUAUUUUCAAUUGCUUACAAUGCGCCUUUCAAGCUUUCAAAUAAUUUUGUUUCAUGAUGAUUUUAUCGUGAUAAUUAUAUUCCUCCUUCGUGGAAUAUUAAAUACCUUUAUUAUAUCGCUGGCAGUGUCCAUGGGCAAUGUGAAGCGAAUCCUGUGUUCAGAUUAGCCACCCGAACGGGCAAGAUGGGUCUAUCUUACAUGCUCGCAAAAAGUGUGGGCAAUAGAGUCGCGAAAAGCAGCAGAAGACACUCAAAACAUGGAAAACAUAAGCAACACUCACGGCUGGGUUUAUUGUGCUGCAAAAACAGUUGGCUUUCUUUCCCUUCCCCCAAAAAUGAACUAGUCUUCACUCUGAAUAAAGCGAUGAUCUUUUUGCAAAUAUAAUAAAUCCUUUAUUGACUAAGCUUGUUUGGUCAAGAUGGCUGGAUAUUAGCCUCGUUCUUUGUUGCCGUUUUUAUGGACCUCGACUUCGUCUCGGGAGAAAUUUGAUGUUAGUCACUCGGAUGGGUUAGAGGGUUAAAAAGGAUCCUGACAAAGACUUUGAGGUUUAAAGGAAUAAUAUGGAUCUCUUAGGACGUACCAAUGGACGGACUGGAUUAUAAGCUCUCCUGAUACUUUUUCUAACACAAAGUUUUGAUGAGCUUGUUAGAUUUUGAGAGUAGAGGCUUCUCUCUUUUCCAUGCCUCCCAACAAUUAAGUGCCUUCUGUGGACCGUGAAAUUCAUAAGACACUUGCCAGUGGGCUUCUGUUAGAUCAUUUACGGGUUUUCAGAAGUGUUCAUUUCAACGUGCAGAUCAGUGAAUUUCCCUAAACUUCAAAUGAUGUGAUAUAAUAGAUUUAGUUGUUACCAUAAUUUUUCUUAUUUGAACGACUCAAUUCGAGGAAAGCUUUCGAGCACAUCUUUCAACAAACUGACUGAUGUACACUCAAUAAGGAGUGUUGAAUGAUGAUAAAACGAUUAUUUGUGUAUGACUUGCUUCCUCCAAAUGCUCCUUUAUUUAUAGAAACGUUUUCAAGAAAACCCUUAUAUUAAUGAUUAAUCUUAACCUCAGAUUUUUAACCAUAAUGAUUUACCAUGAUAACCUAAGUAAACACUCAAUGUGAAAAAUUUGCAGAGUUAUUUAUCUCUCCCUUUGAUCCAUUAAACAUACUCUGCUCUGUGAGGUACUGAGAUUAGCAAAUAAAGAAGCCUUGUCUGUUCCUUGUUCUGUUCUAAAGCACAAAUAAUCAGCUAGGGCGUGAAUGAGGCGUAAAGGAAUACAUAACCUAGAUGAAAAUUUUUUUCCUUCUUCUUAAGUGCACCAGUCAGAAGUAUCUGUUAAUCUUUACAUACAGAACCUGACUGUUGCAUUUCUUUGUCAAAGUCGUAUAUUCUUUAAUGCAGAGUAGUCUAAUUUAAAAACAAACAAAAAAAAUUAUGUUUGUACACAGAGUGCAUAUUUGGUACCUUCCUUUAAAAAAUCAGCUUGUUCUACAUCGGAGUUGAUGGUCUGUACCAAUUCCAUCCAGCAUUCUUUAAACGACGUCAUCUUAAUUCGGGUACCUCUGCUUGUGAGUAUGCGAACUGAAUCUUUCUUCUGAACCAGUUCCACGAUCUUUUGAAUGUUUUCAGUCUUCACUCUUGCGGCCCUGGUAAGUUCGACUACCUCCUUCCAGAAAGUAACAGCUCGGAGGAUGAAUACCACCAUACUUUUAACGUCACCCAGUUCAUUGUGGCGUUCUUUUCGUUGUCUUUCCAGCUGUUCCACUUCCUUAGAAAUCCUCCGCAUGUCUUCCUCAGCCUAAUGAAAGAGAUUUCUUUCAUGUAGCAUAAACACGCAUCAAAAUCAACACACCUCCUUCCAGUACGUAUCAAAUGUAGAUUGCACUUUGUAGUACUACCUGUGCGCCUUCCUUAACCUCAAGUGAACCCCAGGUGAACCGUUUUAUUGCGAUGUGUAGCGCCCUUUAACGCCGAUCAUUACGUUGAACAUUCGUUAUCUGUUCGUAUUUAUUUCGUCAUUUUUUCCAGAUCAGUUUACUACGUCUUCUAUGAUACAUUUUUACCCCUGAAACUCACGAUUUUUCGUUCACCAAUCGCUUACCACUUUUCUCAAGCGUGUGGUAUAUAGCUGCUUCAUUUUGCUACUGUUUUUUUUUUCGUAAACAGAUUGUGGGCACAAGCAUUAAAAGCUGUACAUUCUCUGUAUUCAAGGGGCGUUCAGGAAAUUUAUCUGCAAGCUUCAUGUACGAUCGUAAAACCUUCAAAACUGCUAAAAAUGUGCAAUAAGGGAAACAUCGAAUGAAGACAAACAUACUUUACUGUCUCUGCAUUUUUUUAAGAGAACAUACUUUCCAUCGUUAAUUUGCAACUUACCUGACGAAUUCCAGAAUUGGUCCGUUCAAUCUCCCUUUCGGCUUCCUCCGCAUCCCUUUCAUGACGGGCCAUUUCUCUCGAGGCAGCUCUUGCCUUCCCAUUAUUUUCUUCAAUUAUUUCGCGCACUGCAAGGUACUGACCAUAAAUAGGCACCCACCAAUACGUCCUAAAUUCUUCGUCCUUUUUUUCAGCUUCCCUCUUUUCCCUUUCUGCUUCUUGAUACUUUACUUUAGCCUCUCGCUUACUUUGGAUGUAAUGAUUCUUCAUGUUCGUUAGUGAAGAUUUCUUUGCUUCUAAUUCUUUUUUCCUUUUUUCGUGUUGUUUCUGUUCCUGAUAUAAUUCGUUUAUCUGUCGAGUAAUGGCCUCCACUUGUCUCUUGUGUUCAUCUUCAGCUUCUUUUAGCCGAUCACAAUACACAGAUGCCUGUUGUUGCACUAACAAGCCAUCUUUUCCAAGUGAUUUCAACAUAACCUCGGAGCUGCGAAUAUCGCCCGUUUUCACUGCUUUCAGUACUGAUUCUAUGGUGUUAAAACACUUUUCGCUGACUGAAACGAGUGCCAUGAAGAGUAAGCUCUUUAAAAGAUGUAUAUACGUGGCGUUGAAUAAGCUGAUAUUGUGAGAGAGAAUUAACAGUGAUCUUUGCGUUCAGACAUUAUUAAAAGUAUUUCACUAGCAAAAGAAAGCUAUUCAUUCGUUUCCAAGAAUUUCAAUCAACGCUGUAGGUUCAAAUUACUUUUGUCGUAUUUCCCAAAUUUGGUAAUAAAGGAAAUCGUUUGACACGGAGUAGUUACAAAAACAUGACCAUUAAAGGCAAAACAUGUUGAACCUGAGAAAGGAUGGCAAUCAUAUCUUAUCUUUUAAUAUCAAGAAGAUGCCAACACGAAAAGGAUUUAUUGUGUUUCGACGAAUGAAGGUUUGGCCUAAAUUGGCUCGUCUUAAAAAUAACAAUGUUUAUGUUUGUAACCACUAAGAUAUUGAUCACUGGAAUGGGUUAGCAAGACAGAACAAUUCAUGUCUUUCUAAGAAAAAUAAAACUUCUCCCCGGAGAGAACAAAUGGGUGAUUUGUACCCUGAGGUGUUUACGGUGGGUUGUUUAUUCCCGGAAAGAGAAGCUUAUUCUACUUUUAUUCUUGUCACUGCUUUCAUCGGCAAAUGAAAAUACAAAGUUAAAAGACCGGAGAUUUCUUUCUCGAGGAGUUAACGGUUAGCUACGUUUGGAUCGCGUAGAAAAUCUUAUGGGCAGAGUGCCAAAACAGAUAAAUGUGGAGACGACAUGGCAAAGUUACUAAAUUUAGUAACUAAAUUUAGUCAUCUAAGAGUCUAUUGACCAAUCCAAACAAGACACGUUGCCACAACAAGUUUCUAAGAAAAAUAGGAAGUCUUAAUUGUUAGCAUCAUACACCUAUAAAAUUGCAACGCAUCUCAUCGUGCGGUAUCAAUUUUGCUUUCUGAUUAGCAGCAUACUCAACGUAGGUAAAGAAAUGGCUCUUGCUCCCGAGACAGAAGUGGAAAUUCAAGGAGAAAGCUUCGAUCUUGUUACCCUUCCAAAUCCAAAAAGUGUGCUGGUGAGGAAGGCUAAAGAUAAUCUCCUUGGUUCCCUCGAUCUUGCAAGCCUCGUGGAUGACCUAGGGAAACUUGGAAACUUUAUCCGUGUGGCGUACAAUGGUGUAGCAGGUAACACUGAGAUACAGAUUAAAGUACAGAAAGUUGGCUAUAAGAUCACAAACCUGGCUGACCAGUCUGCCGUCACUGUGCACAACUUUAAGCGUGCUUCGCAAGAUGUACUUCAGGAGCUCCAAGGCACCUAUCAGUACUUGCUAGAUGGAUUGGAAGAGAUGGCGCUGGAAACUCUCUCUGUAUUGAAUGACGUGGCGAAAGAGAUGGCUACGGCGGCAGAGAAGCUGCGCGAUGACUUUGAAAAGGCAACAAAUGAUGUGAUUGAUGCCUUACAAGAUACCCAGAGAGCAAAGGGCACUCAGGAGGAAAAGAAGAGAGCUCUUCUGAAAGAAAGAGAAGAAUUUGAGAGGGAGAAACAGAAAGCGCAAGAGCGACAGAAGAGUGCGCUCGAAGCUGAAGAAAGGGCGAAUGUUCUUUACACCGAGGCUCAAAAAAGAGAAGACAAAGCGAUGGAUAAGCAGGGAAGUUUGUUCACAGCAUUGACAGAUGGUUUGACAAGUAUGGUUGGUGCUGCUAAGGAAGGAAUACAAGGAAAUUUUGAAAAGGCAGUGGAAAAACUGGAGAAGUUGGGCGACCAAUCAGGAUACAAAGAAGCUAUGAAGAUGGCAAACGAAGAAAAGAUGAAACACUUGGAUGAACUGCAGAAGCAACGAGACAUGCGUCGAGACGCCCUACUUCAGUGCAUAGAAUUCACAGAGAAGAUAAAGAGUUGCCAGAAUGAUGACGCUCUAGCAGAUGCCGCCAUCGAAGCCUUGCACAGUUCCAUUGGUGCUCUUAAAUCUCUCUCAGCCACUAUGAUGAGUGCAGCCCUGUUCUGGCGUCAGAUGCAGAGCCACUGCGAGGCUUUAGCGAAAGGAGACGUGCGUCGGAAGGUAGAAACAGCCAUGAAGCUCCCUGAAGAAAAACGACUGAAAGUUUGGACUUCAAAGGGAUUCAAAGUAUCAGCCGUGCAGUUCUAUUCUAAGUGGGUUGCUCUUGAUGACGUGUGCGAAGUGUACAUGCUACAGAUCAAGGAAACCAGACAAGAUCUUUACUCCUACCUGACAGAAAACCCUACCAUCGAAGAGGCGAAAAAGAAUGUGCGUGAGCUAGCCGACACGUUUGCUGCCGAUUUGAAGGCAGCGCAUGAGAAGUUGGCAGAGAAAGAAAAGAAGGCGCUGGAAGAGAGGAAAUCGCUUGAGGACUCUGAAUAGAGGUGACCUAACAAGCGUCUUUACUUAUUGUAGCAGUUAUUUCAUGAGCUUAUUAGCGAGCGUAGCGAUGCUUGAUCAGACUUGUGGGUUAGAAAUGUUUCGUGCACUUUCUCACCGAAGCGUGCCUACUAUACAAAAACUAUAAAAUUAACAAAGCUUGUAUGUGUUAAUGAAGUUGAACUGACAAGGCAAAUGUUUUGUCUUUGUAUUCGGACCUUCGGAAAUUUACAUCAUUGCCUACUGUAGUUUUAUUAGAGUUCAUGCUCAAAGUUGUCGUGGUCAGUUUACUCAGUAGUUCCUUACAUCGGUGUACGUGUUACAGGAUUGAAUGGCCCUUCUUUAAUAUUAGCUUUUCCUGGAAUCCACUCUAAGUGACUCCAGUUUAACCUUAUACAACAAGUAUGAAGCUUUUCCAUUUACAUGCGUUUAUGAAGAUCUUAGCACUAAAUUUAAUGGAAUUAAAGUCCUUCGAACAAAGAAUCUAUUUUAGUCCAUGGUCUCCCACAUACGAGCAAGAAAGCGUUGUUACUUUCAGAUGUACGUUCAUUGUGUUUCAUUGUAGUAGAAUUGAUGCUGAACAUUACGGCGCAGCAGUAAAUAGAAAAAAAGAAUUGAUGCAAGAAAGUUCAUCGGCAACAAACGUAACCGAUUGUAAUAAAAUAUUUUAAGAGUAUAGCAGAAUAUGGUACUUAUCCUGGCCGAGCUCCAUCCAAAUUAUAGACACUGACCUCAGUAAACCGCCAAAGAUCCAGUCUAUAAAGUGUUUUGUUCCUCCAAGGAUAGCCAUUUCACAUGACACGACACAGUGCCUUAGUUUACGCAUUUGGCGUUUUCAAAGCAAAGCGGUUCCUUGAAUAAUUGAAUAUUUUCAGUGGGCACUUACGCUAUUAAAAAAGCGUGAUGUCCACUGAAAUUACAUGGACGUUUUCAUUAAUUCAACCGGAGAGUUUUUACCGCAGGCUUUCCUCAUAAAAGAACUUCAUUUUAGCCUUGAAAGCUAUUAACAGUGCGUGCUAGGAAUUUGUCCUGACAAUGGACCACUUAUUUUUUCUUAGAAAUCAGGAAAUAAAGGUGAUCUUCCACUGGGUCGAUACAAGAGCUAGCGGUAGUCUAGACAGGGGCAAGGGUCUGGAGUUUGAUUUUAUGCUAUCCGAGUGAAUUGCAGAAAGUGCAGACAAUAACUACUCUGCAUAUGUCAUUUAACCGUGAUUUUGUUCCUAGAAGUCCUCAACUUCUUUUAAGUAAUUUUUUAUCACGAGCUCGCUCAAGGAUUCUUAUUAGGAAGGUUUAUUUGAGAAACAGCCUCCAAAAGGUCCGGCAUCUUUUCUUUAGCCCGACCACAUUACACCGGUUAUAUUUGAAAACAAUGUUUUCACACUUAAGACGAAUAAAAGUUCUCAAUUCGUACUGGAAAAUUGACGAAUGUUUUCUAUUCGCACCACAAGGAGCCCCUGGAUGCAAAGAGCAUUUUGCGAUUUAGUGUCACAUAACCGAAACCAAAGUAAUAAAGGGGGGUAAGUUUCCAAAGAAACUGUGGUGCUGCGUCGGUGGGAGAGUAUAUCAGGGUUGUAAUGUUAUAAAAUGAGUUGAUAUCGUAAAUUUGCCACCGUACAGAGUUUUAAAGCUGACGUUUCGAGCAUUAGCCCUUCGUCAGAGCGCAAGCGGUGUGCAUUGUAUUAUGGUACCUUAAUUUUAAACAUGGCAGAGAAAGCAGCAGAAAUCGGAAGCUUUUGACUGAACAUCCCAGAAAAGUUAGGCCAUUCCUUUUUUCUUUCACCAUAGGGAAAUGUAAUUUGAUCUAUUCUGAAUGUGCAAAAGUAUUUUUUGUACGUAUUUGUCGCGUAUUCUCAAGGACAAACGCAAUCAAUGUUUUCCAGUAUGUAAUUUGAGACCGGUUUUUCGAGAAGGUCAAAUUUGAUGUACGUCUUAGUUUGGAGCCUUUCAAAGAUUUGGAUGGCCGCUUUGAGCCUUCAUCAACAGCUCUGACCAAACGCUCUCGCUUUAAGUGCUAGUGUUAGAGACCGAUUAUUGCCGAGAAAAGGCCUGUUGUUGCUUUACACAGCGUCACCUUUGUAUACUCAUUUGUGUUGUAAAUCUACUUUCCUUAGUGAAAAGAAAUUUACUGACGGCGAGUGUUGUAUAGUAAAUCUACUAUCUUGAUCAUUGAAUGAAGGACAGUUGAAUUACAGCGAUGAAAGGAGUCACUUGACCAGUGAAUAACUCCACAAUGCACAUGGCGACACGCCGGGUAAGCCGGAAAGCAGAAGGCAGUCGAUCGUUUUAAGCUGUUGAUAGGCUUCUGCGACUUCUGCCAUUCGCUUGCGCUUUUAAUCUUCUGACCUGAAAGCUUAGCUGUUGUUAGGAUAUCUUUUAAUGACUUUCGUUUGCGAUGUGGUAGUAAAUGUUAGGUUUAAGGUGUCAUUUCCCCAUCAGUAUGUUCUUGAGGUUUGGAAAAGCUAGAUGAGAUUGUGUUACAAUAGUUAAUAUUUUCAUUUGUGCGCGCUAUUUUUUUUGUUUUCAAGUAUGCUGUCUCUCGCGCAGAACAUAACUCCAGAGAUACGUUUCUCGUCAGCGGAGAUUGAAAUUGUUUAUACCUAGGUGUUGCUCUUUGUAAGGGUGAGAUUAGCGAUGCAAAACCUGCUGCAUCAAGGUAGCUGUUCUAGCGAUUUUUUUUGUAUUACCAAGCCAAGAAGAGAGCUAGAUGCAGACUUAACACACGUAAAUAAAGUUGAAAAGGCUUCAUUGAGUUAUUUCUUGGCGAUUGAUAACUAUUUCCAAAGUCCGAGACCAUUACGUGAUGUCAUUGUUUCAUGUGUAGCAUACAAGAGAUAUGUGGAUGACUCACUGACUAUCAUGCCAGACAAAACAUCAGCAGUCAAUUCCCUUGAGAUUUUAAACCAGUGCCAUUCCUUUCUUAAAUUUACCAUAGAGAUGGAGAGUAAUGACAUGCUUCCUAUUUCGGGCACCCAGCUGCUUAAUAAACACACACAAGUUGAGACUAAAGUAUACAUUAAACCCAUCAAUACUGGCCUCCUGCUGCAUUACAAGAGCCAUGUAGACAACCAAUACAAAUGCAGGUUUAAGACAACAGAAGCUGUUGAUUAAAAGUGCCUAUAAGGUAGUUCUUUCUACUGUUUUGUGACAACUAAUCAAGUAAAUAGGUUAACUUGAUGUCUUUUAUGAGGAGACUCGUAUUGACAAGUAUUGUAGCUAUUGAUUGCUGCGUACUACAUUUUGAUACCAGUCCUGGUAAACAAUUACCCCAAGUAACUAUUUAAUAACAUUCUUUGUAAAUUUGUUUGAGGGUCACCACUAAAUUCUAUUUGACAGGAUUUCAUGAUUCAAACAGGAGACCCCACAGGAACUGGUCGUGGAGGAGCUUCUGUGUAUGGGUGAGUCUGGUCACUUUCCAAGCUUUUUAAAUCUACCAUGCAUUAUAUUUGUUUUCAAUAGUUGUGGUCUGAUAUGGUACCAUAACUCUUUUGAAGAGUUCUUUAAAUAAUAUUGACAAUAAUAUUGUUUUUGACAAUCUUGUUUGAAAUUUAUAAAAGUCAGAGGACUACAAGCUAGAAUGCUACUUGGAACACCAAGUUCCAUUUGUCAGGACUGGCCAGAUUUACUGUUCUAUUUAUAGCUAUAGAUGGACCUGUCAGCUUUAAAAACUUUCCUUCUAUUUGCUAUACAUGCCAAAUUUUUUGGAAUGCUAUGAGCCAACUAAAGAAAGGCUACAGUGUACAAUGUAAAGAUUUAAAUAAGAAGUUGCUGAUUGUUUUGAUAAUAUACCAGCUGUACAAAUUUAAUUUAUAUUCUUGUGGAAAGUGAAGCUUCACUUUUCAUUCAUACUGCCAAGAACUGGUUUUCAGAGGACAACUACAAUUUACUUUCAGGAGCCCGAAUCACCAUUACAAUUGAGACCCUUUUCUUCUCAUUUUUACAGCCUACUUUUCAACACUUCUUGAUAUCACCUGUUACAUUUUCAAGUGUAUUGAUUUGUUUAACACAUGUUGUACACAGGCCUGCAUUUGAAGAUGAAAUUACAAGAGAUUUAAAACACACAGGAGCAGGAAUCCUUUCAAUGGCAAACAGGUAAACAUGCUCCAUUGAGUUAAUAUUAGCAAAUGUGAUAUCUAGUCAUUAAAAUUUCAUUGGUUUCAUUUGUACAAGAAACAAUAGGGUAGAAAGAGAGAGGUUACCUUUUAUUACUUUCGAUCACCUUGCCAAAUACUUAUAGUAGUAUUUACCCUUGAGGAUAAUCAUGAUUUCAAGGUUAACAGCAAACACUUUUCAAGCAAAAGAAUAAUCUGCUAUCAAGAACACAUCAGACAGGAAAGGUAAUGAAUCCCAUCUAAACAACAUGUUGGCUGAUACAUUAUUAAAUGGGUCAGUAGGAUUGGCUGACUGCCUUUGAAUGCUUUGCCACCUAGUUUCCCAAUGAGAAGCAUCAGUUGUGUCAGUGACUCUUAUUACAUUUAGCUAAGCUUUUGAAAGAGGAUCAAGUUACAGUGGGUCUCUUUUUCCAUAAACUUCUCACUCAUUAGUAUAGUAUACUUUUGUUGCUAGUAUGCUUUUGUUGCAUGUUGUUUAUUGCUUGUUAGCAAUCAAUAACUCUCUCAAAAGAAUGCCUUGAAUGAGAAUGUACUCACCAAAAGUAUCCAAAAAAAAAAAUUAAUCACAUGUUGAAGGAGGUAUACAGUUUUAUUUUGUUGAAUAUAGAGUCAAAUGAUUGAUCAAUAGCUUUUCGAAACAUGACAGCGAAACUUUAAAUCAGUCUUUUUAAUGAUUGAACUUCAUUUUUUCUAAAAAACUGUUUUUUCCAAAAUUUGAGCCUCUAGACUUGGUGAUAAACUGGUGUUUAUGGUAUUUCAAUUCUUCCUGCUUGGCCUCAGUUGUCUGUUGGUGGUGUGUUCAGCUGAUGUGUCCUUGGUGUUUUUUGGCAUUUCAUUCCUUCCCAUUUGAUUUUGUUAGUGUGUCACUGGUGUUUUAGCCAAAGUGUCAGUCAACACAUUGGCUAAGGUGUCAGUAAAGAUUGGAUUCAUUACCUUACCUUAUCAGACUAUGAAAAUGAUGUUUCAUUCACUGAGUCUUCUGUUAUAUUGAUGUAUGUAGUGGUCCAAACACAAAUGGAAGCCAGUUUUUCAUUACCUUAGCUCCAACACAGUGGCUAGAUGGUAAGGAACUUUCUUUCUUUUUUCAUACACAAGAUAACCACCGAUGGAAUGAACUAAAUAAAUGUAGCAUACAGCAUAUUCUUUCUCAACUAAGCAAUUUAUUUUCUCUUCCAUGUCUUACUGAUAAAGCUCAGAAUUCUUACAAAAUUAAUGCUUGGCUCAAAUCUGACAUCAGAUCAAUAGUUCGACCUGCAUUUUUGUUUGAGUUUAAUCUAUCACAUGCUCAGUCUUUUUAGGGAUAGGUUUAUUAAUUUCAGUUUUAUUAUUUACCGUAAUUUCCGGUCGUUUACCCGCGGGUAAUCUGUUGAUUUUGCAUUAAACGCGCGCCACUGCGGGUAAUAGGGAGGUGCGGGUUAUGUGACAAUUUUAAAAUCCAGUGGUAGUUGAAUUGAAAAAAAAAUAUCACCAACAUGCGUUUCCACCUCUCAAGUAAAUUUUAUUGUGUUAAUAGUGCCGCAAAGCGGCACGAAAACAUGAUGCCGACUCGAGUUUAUUUCACGCAUAAUUAGUUGCGCGACGAACAAAUUAUUAUCGGCACGCGUGAAAACAAAACCUUGAUGGUGACAAAAAUUAUCCAAAGAUAUCCGGCGCAUCAGUAACAAAUUUCCAUUUAACACUAGCUUGAGCUAAAGAGAAUUUUCCCGUUUUAAGGGACUUGUUAGGCCCAAUAGAACCGGAGAUAUCGUUUUUUUCAGAAAUCGCCGACAGUACUUUAUAAUUCAAGUUUUAAUACUCACCCAGCUUUUUUUCAACAAAUCAACAUGGCGCUGAACGAUCGCUCGCACAAAAUGUGGCCACAAAUUCGCAUUCUGUCAAGUAUGAAACGUUGAGAUUUGGGCAUGGGCCGCUAGUGUUUUUACUGUAUAAUCUUAUCAAUAAAGUACAUGCUAAUAUUGACACAGAAUUGUGCACGCGUCUGAAUUUCUUUGACCUUUAAACUGGACAAAGACGCUUCGAAGUUUCGAAAGUUGGAUCAGACAACUUUUAAAAGACUGAAAUGUAUCACCUUAAUGUCACGUUUGCGCCACCAAAAAGUUGAAUAACAACGUGCGGGUUAUCCACCAGUGCGGGUAAUCUGGUGACUUUUUUUUUCGCCGUAUGCAAUAAUCGGCCGGUGCGGGUAAUCGGCCGUGCGGGUAAACGACCGGAAAUUACGGUAAUCAUUUAAACUUUGAUUUGAUGUUAGUUAUGUAAAGUGCAAUUGAAUAUAUUCACUUCGAGAUAUGCACCAUAUUUACACACUGUAUUUCCUCCUAUAAGUGCCUGCACUCUAAUUAGCACCCUCCCCCUAAUAAGUACCUACUCCCAAGGCCAUUACUUCAAAUAAUCAUCUCCCUCGAAUAAUCCCCCCCCCCCCUCCUUCUUUCCUCCUCAGCCUCACUGUGACUUUUUUAAGAAGUAGGAAUACAAAGUUGCAUUUCUCAUGAUCACUGCUCCUUAUUUAUUCAUGUUACCAAUUUUUAUAAGAGUACAUGUAAAAGACAAUGAUGCAAUUUUCUGCAGGUAAACAUACAAUAUUUGGCCGUAUUAGCCAUGGGAUCAGUGUUGUGCGGAGGAUUGGACUAGUGGAGACAGACCCUGGUGAUAGGUAUGCGUGAAAUCAGAGCAUUUAUUUUUCACACAGUCAUACAUAAAACUUUGAUCAAACUGAUUAGAAAUGAAAACUUUGGCCUCCAACUCCAAUUUUUAACUUAAUACAUAUGAUAGGUAAAUACAUUAAACAUUGAAUCUUUCCUCUCAUUUUAAUUGAAUCUUACAUUUUAAGAGUUUUGAUUAAAUUGUUAUUUUAUUGACAAUGCCUGGCAUUCUUCUAUAUGUUUCUAGUUGAUAUAUUUUUUCAUAAGAUAAAUUAGCUGUUUCUGUGGCACACCAGAACUGUAAAGCAUUCACACCCAGUGUCCAAAUAAAGUAUAUUCCCUGCCUUAUUGCUAUAAUUGCGCACAACAAAAUUUGACAUCCAGCCAACUUUUUUAAGUACUCAGUUACACUUGUGAGGCAGUGUUGAGAGUCAUUAUCACAAGCCAUAUACCAUGGUUACCAUGGUGGGGAGGGGGGAUAAAAGAGUUGACCCUUUAACUCCCAAGAUCUCAUUAGUAAUUCUCCUUACUGUCAGCUAUGUAGUUCUUGUGAUGUUAGUUUAGAGAAUUUGGUAUUGGAUCAACUAACAAUCCCCUUGUUAAGAUUUUUCUUUAAUCUCAUUACUUGUCUGCUUGAUAUUGCAAUGAUAUAUUAAGGAGAAAUUCUGUCUUGGGUCACUCAUGGGAGUUAAAAGGUUAAAUGUUCUUUAUCAUUUUUUAUUAAUGCCCAUUUCUUUACCUUUUCCUUUACCUGAUCUUUUGCAGUGUGCAUGAUUUAACAUGUUUAUUUUGUUUUUCUUUCAGGCCACUUCACGAUGUUUACAUUUUAAAUGGGAAAGCAGCACCAAAAUCCACAUGAGACAUAACAACUUUUUUAUCAAGUCAUUGAACCAUCCAUCAAUGUGCAAAAUAAGAACUACACACCUGUCAGACUGUUUCUAUGUUGAUGUAAGGAGAUCUAUAAAUAACAUCAUGAUGUCAAACUGUCAUAUACUGAUAUGUAGAUGUUGUUUAUUGUAACAUGAGCUGAACAACAUCCAUUUUACAACAUUAAAAGUUGUCAAUAGUGUACCUUAUUUUGUAAAAGUAGGGAUAAACUUUAAACAGUUCAUUUUUUAUUAGUUUUCCAAAACACAUAACUUUGUAAUAGAUAAAUUCUGUCUUGUAAGAUGUUUGUUUGUUUGUUUUUUUUAAGUUAAUUUCCAUGUAUUUCCAAACGAUAAUGAUGAUAUACUAUAUCUGAGAGGUUUGGUGUCAUGUUUUCUUUCACUUUUCAAUACCUGCAGUAAGCUUUUGAUCGAAUCCUAACUGUACUUAGCUUACUAGAUCUUAGCAAAUUAAUGUAAUUUUCUGAUGGAGUGAAAAAUGUUUCUCCAUUCACAGAUCAGAUUACUUCACCCUUUAACUCCUAGGAUCUCAUUUGUAACUCUCCUUACUGUCUGCUAGGUAGUUCUUGUGACAUCAGUUUGGAGAAUUUGGUAUUGGAUCAACUAAUAAUCCCUUAAUUUAUUCUCAUCACUUGUCUGCUUGAUAUUGUAAAGAGAAAUUCUGUCUUGGUCAUUCAUGAGAGUUACAGGGUUAAUAAUGAUUAAGAACUUCUUUUGUUCCAUGAUGCUCUUGUGUGACAAGGUUACAAAAAUGUUGAUUAUUGUGUUGACAGUUCGAACCCAUUUCAGCCUCUGGACAGGUGAAGUACCCAUUGUUCUUUGCUUGUCCUAUUUUUAACUAGUCACCAAUAACCAGAAGCCCGAUACUAGUUCAAUAAAAAUCCUCAUAGAAAAGUAGACAUUUAUUGACUUGUAAAAUUUGAAGCCAAAACCUUAACUGUAUUUGAACUUUGAAAUACAAUGUGAGAAGUCUUUUCUAUAAGCCUUAAGUGAAAAAUAGUUGGGUUUUGGGAAUGCCAUUUUCCCUGACAACAGACUGGUGUAAUUUGCUGUCUCACCAUUGACUGAAAGUAUAGAAUGUGCUCUAUUUUCCUAUGCCAAAACCUGUAACUGGAUUUUGAUUAAUAUUUCUGAGUGAUAAGUUGUGUUAGGCAGGUUGGAAAAGUCCAGGUAAAAGAGGUGUGGACUCAAGACCUGGCUUGUGCCCAAUUUAUGUAAUAUUCUGGGACACCAUACUUGCCAGUAACAAACUGCUGUGAAAAUCUGGUUAAAAGCUGAGGACUAUCUGUGACGGAUCAGAAUGACAUCUUGAAUAAAUACCAUUGGUGUUCAAAUCAGGCCCUCUUGAUUUAGCUUAAAUUAUUGCUUGUAAAAUAAAGAAGAGAGAGGAAAAUGAAAUGCUCUGGCUGAUAAUGCUGAGGAAAUGGUUUCAGUUUAUACAUUCCUGUCAUCCCCUCAA